UACGGCGCUGCGGAGGCGGCGGCCAUCUUGGCGGCGGAGCGAUGAGCGGGUCGAACCCGAAGGCUGCGGCCGCGGGGUCAGCGGCUGGGCCGGGGGCGCUGGUGGCCGGCAAAGAGGAGAAGAAGAAGGCAGGCGGCGGUGUCCUGAACCGACUCAAGGCGCGGCGGCAGGCGCCCCCCCACGCGACAGAGGACGGCAUCGGGGCGGCGGUCACGGAGCAGGAGCUGCUGGCUCUGGACACCAUCCGGCCCGAGCACGUCCUGCGCCUCAGCCGGGUCACCGAGAAUUAUUUAUGUACACCUGAAGAUAACAUCUACAGUAUUGAUUUCACCCGCUUCAAAAUUCGAGAUUUGGAGACAGGGACGGUGCUUUUUGAGAUUGCCAAACCUUGUGUUUCAGACCAAGAGGAGGAGGAGGAGGAGGAAGGUGGAGAUGUGGAUAUCAGCGCGGGACGUUUUGUCCGCUAUCAGUUCACACCGGCAUUUCUCCGCCUCCGCACAGUCGGGGCUACAGUGGAGUUCACAGUGGGAGACAAACCUGUGUCAAACUUCCGGAUGAUCGAGCGGCACUAUUUCCGGGAACGCUUGCUGAAAAACUUUGACUUUGAUUUCGGCUUCUGCAUCCCCAGCAGUAGAAACACUUGUGAACAUAUCUAUGAGUUUCCCCAGCUUUCUGAGGAUGUCAUUCGUCUGAUGAUUGAAAAUCCCUAUGAGACCCGUUCUGACAGCUUCUACUUUGUUGACAACAAGCUGAUAAUGCACAACAAGGCCGAUUAUGCCUAUAAUGGAGGCCAGUGACCGCUGUGGGAGUGGACGGGGAGGUGCUUUGCUGUGGCCCGAGGUCCUGGCACAUGGAGGUGGUUGAACCUGCUGUUCGUCAACACACAUCUGGAACCUGGUCCCAGGAAGCCAAGGCUGGGGUGGUGGUUUCCUGUGCUCCAAGAGAGGUGCCAAGCAGUGCUGUGUUUUCUUCCCCAGCACUUUUUCUUCCCUUUUCCCCUACCCCUUAGGUUGCAGACGUAUUAUAGUAAAGUGAAGGAUUAGGGUAAGGCUCCUGGAAUCCAGAGAAAAAAGAAAAUUUAUUUUCACGUAGUCAUAGCUGCCUGCUGGUUGUGCUGAUGAGCCCGGGCCGCUACGGGCACAGCUGUGUCAGGGUAAGGAGGCUCUGGCCAGCCGGCUUGCCAGUCAGCGGCUUUUCCACAGGUUCCUGGGUGCGGUGAGAAGCUGAACGGUGGGUCUCUUCCAGGCAUCUCGCCCUCUCACUUGCAGUAUUGCCGGUGGCACAGUCUGACCUCAGUUUGAGCGUAGUUCGAAAGCAACUGGAAAAAAAGUGGGUGUGUGUGGGCGCCAGGAGUGGAGGCACCAGCGGCCGGCAGGGCUGCCAAACUGAAAAGUCCAUGUUGUGGAGAGGCCUGCUUCUCUGUCUGACUUCCAGGACCUUCCGCCAGCCCUCCCGGGGAUACGACAAGGUUUCAGCCUGGCAGUGCCUUCUGUUCCCGCUUUGGAGGAAAGACGAGCUUGCUCUGCGUGUCCUGCCUCCUAACCUUUGAGUAUCUCCUGAAAUAGAAUGUGGCAGUGUUUGCUCUCGGAGCAGUAGGAUCUCUUGAGGCCACAUCAGGCCUCGUAUUUUGUGUUUUUUGUUUCAUUUUUUUAUUUCUAGGCUUCUUUUGGAGAGGUUUUAUAAGAUGUCAGUGGUGUUCCCAGCAUAUGUGAUGUGUGGUUAGACUUCUGAUAGUAUUAAUCAGGUUCCUGGGGCUAAUCUGGCUCGUGUUGGGACUGGAUAUAGUUACGGACCAACAGCUACUUAAAGGAAGGAUUUGAUUUUUCAACACAGGAGAGCCU